UUUCUCAAAAGUUUCCAGACGGACUGGACGACUUCAUUCUUCAUUCUCCAUCUUACCUCGCCUGCACCGUCAAGAUGGAGAAGUACGAAGAUGUCGGCGACUACUACGGGGAGGAGGUUGCGGACCAAGACAUCACCUCUGAAGACUGCUGGAAAGUCAUCAGUUCCUUCUUCGACAUUAAGCAACUCGCCUCCAUGCAGAUCGACUCGUUCAAUCACUUCAUGAGGUCCGGUUUACAAGAUUUGGUCAACGAAAAGGGAGGCGUCACGCUGGACCACGCACAGAAUGUCGAAGAUGACGAUCCCAACCCGAUUGUCAUCAAGAGACACGAGGUCAAAUUCGGCAAAGUCACGCUCAGCAAGCCCAACAUGGUCGAAGGAGAUGGCACCACGACAGACUGCAUGCCGCACGAAGCGCGAUUACGAAGCCUCACGUACGCGAGUCCUGUCUACGUGAAGAUGAGCAAGAAGACUUGGUACGCGAAAGAGAGACCGUGGGAUGACCAGAGCGCGGAUCAAGGCGUGAUGAGGGAUGACGGCUCUGAGCUUUUCUGGCGCGAAGGCUUCGAAGAGGGUGAUGAGAAUCAAGAGGAAGAUGUCUACAUUGGGAAAAUCCCGAUCAUGGUACGAAGUAUGACAUGCCAUCUGAAGGGUGAAAGAUUCCAAAGUGACAAGGACCUCUUCGCGUGGGGCGAAUGCCCUUACGAUCAGGGAGGUUAUUUCAUCAUCAACGGCAGUGAAAAGGUGCUCAUCGCUCAAGAGAGAAGUGCUGGAAACAUUGUGCAAGUGUUCCAGAAGGCCGCGCCUGCGCCUUUUACACAUCUCGCCGAAAUCAGAUCCGUCAUUGAUCGCGGUGCUCGAAUGAUGUCUCAAUGUACCGUCAAGCUCUUCCGCAGAGUCGACGGCCCUGACGGGACCAAGAUCGACAACCCCAUCCGGGUACAAUUGCCAUAUGUCAAGCAGGAUAUCCCACUUGUCAUUGUCUUUCGAGCGUUGGAUAUCGUCUCGGAUGCCGACAUCCUGGAGAAGAUCUGCUUUGACCAGAGUGACAAAGAGAUGCUCGAUAUGCUGAUGGGUUCUUUGCAAGAAGGUCAACCCAUUCAGAGCGCCGACCUGGCUAGAGACUUUAUCGCGCGACGUGGCAAUAUUCCCACCCUCAAGAGCCACGAGAGACAGAAGCAUGCUAUAGAUAUUCUGCAGAAGGAGUUUUUGCCGCACAUUGGACAGGGUCCUGAUGUUGCUACGAAGAAGGCUUUCUUCCUUGGUUACAUGGUGAAUCGACUGCUUAAGGCCGCUCUUGGACGUGCCGAACCAGACGACAGAGAUCAUCUCGGCAAGAAACGAUUGGACCUGGCCGGACCACUAAUGACCAAUCUUUUCCGCUUGCAGUUCGACAAAGCCACCAAGGACUUUUUCCGUUAUAUGCAGAAACGUGUCGAAGCUGGCCAGCCGAUCAGCAUUCACGCCGGCUUCAAGCACCCCAUCAUCACAAGCGGCUUGAAAUACUCACUCGCCACUGGUAAUUGGGGUGAUCAGAAGAAGCUCGAUAAGGCCAAAGCGGGUGUCUCUCAAGUGCUCAGUCGAUACACUUUUGCUUCAACUCUGUCACAUCUUCGUCGAACAAAUGCACCCAUCGGUCGUGAAGGGAAAAUUGCCAAACCGCGUCAGCUCCACAACACUCAUUGGGGUUACGUCUGUCCUGCAGAAACACCUGAAGGUCAGGCUUGUGGCCUGGUCAAGAACUUGUCCUUGAUGUCAAUGGUUACAAAUUCCUACGAGACUGAACCGUUGAGAGCCUAUGUCCUGAACAAGCACGUCGACGCCAUCGAGGAAUGGGAACCCAGGUUAAACCCUCAAGCCACAAAGAUCUUUAUCGACGGCGUGUGGUUUGCAGUGGUCCUGAGAGAUCCGAAGCGACUCGUCGACGAUCUUCGCCGACUUCGAAGACAGGGCACUUUCGAUGCCCAAGUCAGCUUGGUCUGGGAUAUCAGAGAGAAGGAGUUCAGGAUCUCUGGUGACUCUGGCAGGAUAAUCCGCCCGCUCUUCGUUGUGGAGACCGAUAAGGCAUCCGAAAACGUUGGCAAUCUGGUUCUGAACAAGGAGCAUAUCAACAAGCUCGACCAGACCAAUUAUCUGAAAGAAGGCGGGUACCAAUUUAACGAUGAGUUUAGCGCAUACGGCUGGGAUGACCUGCUCAAAGCUGGUGUCGUCGAGUACUUGGACGCGGAGGAGGAAGAGACAGCCAUGAUUGUCAUGACGCCUGAAGUCCUGGCCGAUUCGAAGGCAAGAUGGCUAGGAAUGGAGAUUGAAAACUUUGACGAUCCGCUGGGCAGAAACGAACCAUUGCUUACGCCAAACUCGCACUCUUUCACCCAUUGCGAAAUUCACCCCAGUAUGAUUUUGGGCGUCUGCGCCAGUAUCAUUCCUUUCCCCGACCACAACCAAUCGCCUCGUAACACCUAUCAAUCCGCCAUGGGUAAACAAGCUAUGGGCGUUUUCCUCACAAACUUCGACCAACGUAUGGAAACAAUGGCCAACAUUCUCUACUAUCCUCAGAAGCCUCUUGCAAGAACAAUGGCAAUGGAUUAUCUGAAGUUCCGAGAACUCCCGGCUGGGCAGAAUGCCAUUGUCGCCAUCGCCUGUUACUCCGGCUACAAUCAAGAAGAUUCUGUUAUAAUGAACCAGAGUUCAAUCGAUCGUGGUCUGUUCCGGUCACUAUUCUAUCGUGCGUACCAGGACCAAGAAAAGAGCGUCGGGCAUGCUGUCAUUGAGUCAUUUGAGAAGCCUACGAGAGCCGACACUUUGAGAUUGAAGCAUGGCACAUACGACAAGAUCGAUGAAGAUGGUAUCGUGGCUCCGGGUGUUCGUGUUAGUGGCGAGGACAUCAUCAUGGGUAAAACAGCCCCCAUGGCUCCGGAUGCAGAAGAAUUGGGUCAACGACAGAAACAGCACGUCAAGCGCGACGUGUCGACACCCCUACGGUCCACCGAGUCAGGUAUUGUCGAUCAGGUCAUGCUGACCACGACCAAUGACGGCCAUCGGUUUGCCAAGGUCCGUGUUCGAACUACCAAGGUUCCCCAGAUCGGUGACAAGUUCGCAUCCCGUCAUGGUCAAAAAGGUACUAUCGGUAUCACCUAUCGCCACGAGGACAUGCCUUUUACCCGAGAAGGUAUCGUGCCAGACUUGAUCAUCAACCCACACGCCAUUCCUUCUCGAAUGACCAUUGCCCAUUUGAUUGAGUGUCAGCUGUCCAAAGUCGCUACUUUGCGUGGAGAAGAAGGUGACGCUACUCCGUUCACCAAAGUCACAGUCACUCAGAUCUCGGAUAUCUUGAGGAAGAUGGGCUACCAAUCUCGUGGGUUUGAAGUCAUGUACAACGGGCACACGGGCAAGAAGCUCGUUGCGCAAGUGUUUUUGGGCCCCACGUACUACCAACGCCUCCGACACAUGGUCGACGACAAGAUCCACUCGCGCGCCCGUGGUCCAACCCAGAUCCUGACCAGACAACCCGUCGAAGGUCGAGCAAGGGAUGGUGGUUUGCGUUUCGGAGAAAUGGAGCGCGAUUGCAUGAUUGCCCAUGGCGCCAGCUCCUUCCUGAAGGAACGUCUCUUCGACGUCUCAGACCCGUUCAGGGUUCACGUGUGCGACAUUUGCGGAUUGAUGACGGUGAUUGCGAAAUUGAAAAAGAACACCUUCGAGUGCAAGAAUUGCAAUAAUAAGAACAAAAUCAGCCAGAUUUAUCUGCCCUACGCCGCCAAGUUGUUGUUCCAGGAACUUUGGAGUAUGAACAUCGCGGCUAGGUUGUAUACCAAACGGAGUCGCUAGGAGCGAGCUCAGGAUAAAAAGGCUUUGGACCCUUUUAAUCGUGUGUCGACGGAUUCCGGUUCUGAGAUUUGAGUCCGACUUGCCAAGUGCCAGGUCAAUGUUGAGGAUCUAAUCGAAUAUCGGUUGUUUCCUUUUCGAUGGCCGAUAUUAUCGAAACCGCGAGGGAUGGGACGAUGGAGAGGCAGAGAGAGUUUAAUGUUGGCUUGCGACCCUCCAGCAGUGCAAGAGUCGAGUCUUUGGUGAUUCUAGAUUCUCGAUUCUCGAUCCUGAUCUUGCAAGGUCUUGGUUUUGCAGAGUGCGACACACGAGAGGAACAACGAGUUGUGGGUCUCGCGACGCCUGAGGACGGAGAAAAAAGCCCGUAUCGUGUAAUUUUGUCUGUUGUUGCCUGCAUCGCAAAGGAUUCCCCCGGGAUUGCAUUGACCGCCCAUGGACCAGGGGCGGAGGUCAGUCACUACAUCGAGACAAGUUUGCGCACAGCCAUCCAAGGAAACCAAAAAAAAGGGCACGAAAGCAUGAAAUGCAAGGUCGGGGGUGGGCUGGGUUUUUGUAACAUUAUUCGGAAAAAAGUAGCAUUGGCGUUCGCGAGGUAUUUAUAACUUGGUAACAUGAUACUAUCUGCUACUGCCGCUACUUAUAAAGAGAAAUUCCUUGCCGACGAGAGGGAGAGAGAGAGAGAGAGACCAGAAGAAGGAAGAAAUAAAACAAAAUGUGUUGCAUUGGCC